CUUCGAAAAGUAAGGUACCAUUUAUUUUGACAAAGUGUAAAUAUGAAAGACAUCUGUAACCAGAUUAUUUUUAUUUCAUUUUUAUUUUAUGUACUGUAUCAAGUUAAAAAGUGCCUUGCGGAAACGAAUAAGUACGGUUCAUGGCCAGAAACAGACCCAGGAGUGACAGUUGAUCUAGGAUGCAAGAAACAAGAAGAAAAAGGAUCGUAUUCGCGUAGAUGUGGGUCUGAUGGGUCCUGGGAGGAGGUUACUGGAGCUUGUGAAAUAGAUCCUGAAGUUCUGAACGAGAUUGAUGAAGAGUUACAAGGACUUGCAAACUCUGAUGAAGAUAUAUCGGAAGACCUUGAAAAUAUACUGAAAAACCUAACGGAAUUAACUGGAACGGUCGACGGUGAUACAAGUGUCACUUCAAUGACAAGACUUGUAGGCACGGCACAAAGUGUUGUCGACGUCAUUGAAAGCAGUAAAACCGUCACAGAACAAGGAACAAAGGAGUUCCUUCAGUUAAUGGACGAUGUCAUUAAGCCUGAAACGGAAGAGACUUGGCAGAAAGUAAGUAGAGACUUAUCCCUAACGGUUGAAAAUAUUUUUUCGUGGUACGGAUCAAAUGUGGCCAUUGAUGAGGGAAACAGUCAUGAUACGGAGAUAGGAAAGUCGGACGCAGGUGUAAAAUUUCCCUCGAAAAUACAAGCUGAUAAUUCUAUCGAAAUUCCAGCAGCUUCAUUGGCAUCAAAAGGAAUCACUGAUACGUGUUUUGGUGGAACAAGUUUUAAAUCUAUUGGAAAUCUCAUAAAUGGAGGCAGUUCUUCUGACGGCUCUGUGGAGUCAGUGGACACGAGUCAAGUUGUUAAUUCUGAGAUUGUAUCAGCCAUUUUACCGCAGAAAUCAGGCGUAUCAUAUACAAACCUAGACCCACCAGUAGUUGUUACUUUCAAGCCAAAAAAUAAAACCUUCACAAAACCAGUAUGCGUGUUCUGGGAUUUUAAUGCUCUUGGACCUGGACAGAAAGGAGCUUGGUCAACAGAUGGAUGUUCACUAAAAGAAGAAACUGCGGAUAAUGUCGUCUGCCAGUGUUCACAUUUGACCAAUUUCGCAGUUUUAAUGAGCCCUUCGGGGGUAGAUAGCAAACAUUCUCAGAUAUUAAGUAUCAUAUCGGCUGUUGGGUGUGCAAUAUCAAUGGUUUGUUUGAUUCUAACUAUUGUUGCCCACGCAGUUGUUUGGAGACUAGUCAGAAGUGACCGUGCUAUUGUUCUGAUGAAUCUAUGUGUGGCAUUAUUUGUUGCCCUCGGCAUGUUUUUGGCCGGAGUGAAUAGAACCGAAAGCAAGAAAGCUUGUGCAGCUAUUGCAGCAAUCAUUCAGUAUUUAUUCCUGGCCGUGUUCUUCUUUAUGCUGCUUAUCGGCAUUGAAAUACUCAUCUGUGUCGUACACGUGUUUGUGACGAAGUUCCGCAUCAAAGUUCUGCUUCCGGUCGCGUGGGUGGUACCAGCAGUUAUUGUUGGAAUUUCGUUGGGAGUGACGAAGGCUGAGGGCUACGGGAACGAUAAAUUUUGUUGGCUUGACAUUGAGUCGGGACUCAUCUGGUCCUUCAUUGGCCCAGCCGCCUUUAUAAUUUGUAUUAAUUUUAUAAUUAUUUUGAUUGUCUUCAAAAAGAUGGCGUCUUCAGCAGUUCUCAAAUCUAAGACUUCGUCGAUAAAGAUAAAGACAGGUUUAAGAAGUUUGUGUGUAUUACUACCGUUGAUGGGUCUCACGUGGGUGUUUGGUAUACUGUCUGUCAACAGUUCGAUGUUCUUUCUACAAUAUCUUUUCUGUAUAUUCAAUACAUUACAGGGUUUAUUUAUUUUUCUGUUCCACUGUGUUUUCAACCGACAGAUCAGAGAGGCAAUAAAACGUAGACAAGAACGUAAAAAGAGCCUGCAGACAUUAAGCUCUGAUCUCAGGAAACAGUCCCGAAGUUUUUCAAAGGAUGAAAAACGUCGCAAAUCAGGAGACAGGCGCACCUCAGAUAUAAAACAAAACGGCAUUGGCAACAAAGCGUUCACUGGAAAAGAUGAGCGGGAACUCAGUAAGGACUAUGAUGCAGACGACUGGGACAAAGUUGAGCGAAAAAUGUAUCAUAAAAAUAUAAGGCGUGGUUCAAAACUGUGGCGGUAGUUAAAAUAAACAUUGUACCUCUCAAUGUAGGUGAGAAAACGCCAACGUUGCAAUAAUGUUUUGUAAAAUAUUUGCCUUGAGAAUGCAAAUAUGGCUCCAAAGUGAAACUAGUCUGUGUGUAUAUAUAGAUGGCAAGUUCUAAAGAAUAGUUUCGCCUAAAAACAUGGAUAUAAGAUUAUCUAAAGGGUCAUAGCUCUAACUUGCAUUGUGUUUAACAGUUUGCUUUUUUUGUUAAAAAAACUGUAAUGGACGGGUAUGUUAUUCUUCCUUUCGAGUUAACAUUUAUGGACAAAUUUAUUUUUUUAUGUAAGAUUUUCUUAAAUCUUAUGUACCAAUCAUUCAUGUGAAACAAUCACGGCGUUUUUUGAGUGUUCACUUAGACUUGAACAAUGUUGAAGAAUGUUUUACAACAUGUAGUCUAGGAUAAAGAUGCUGGAAGAAAAUCGGACUUUUAUUUUCCAUGCAAAUAAACUAUUGUAUACUGUAUGGAGGUAUUUUGUAAACUUAACAGGACAGGUUUUUUUUUUAAUUUUGAAUGCAAGACUUUAUUAAUCUAGCAUCCAAACUGGUGCUAUUUUAGCGUAUAACUUAAGUCUUAUCUUUUUUAAGACAUCCAUUACUUAAAUCAGUUUUUAUUAUGGUAAAAUUGAAAACAAGAAACUUGUUUAUGGUAUCAAAUAUUUUAUUUCCAUUUCAACUUAGUGCAUUGUGUAUACUAUAAGUUUGUACAACACAAAUGCAUAUUUUUUCAAUUGUUACAUGUACAAAAAAAGAUCUUUAUUUUUCAAUAUAUAUAU